CUCCAUCCAUCGCCAUCUCCCAGACAGAGCGGUCGCCGCCGGCGAUUGCCCGGCGGAGUCGAUGGAGUGGUGGCAGAAGGCGGUGGUGGUGCCGGUGAAGCGCGCGUGGAUCGUCGCCGCCGCCCGGCUGCGUCGCAAGAAAGAUGUUGCGGAUUCUCGCAUCAUUUAGGCUCAGGUGGCUGUGGCAUGAGUGGAAAGCAGAAGAUAAGCUUUGGGUAGGCUCCGAGGUUCCGUGUAAUAACACGGAUAGGAAAUUAUUUGCGGCAUGUACACGUAUCGUCGUAGGCGAUGGAGCAAAGACUUCCUUCUGGAAUAGUGCCUGGGUUCAAGGCCAAAGGCCAAAGGACAUGGCGCCAAGUAUUUUCUCCAUUUCAAAAAGAAAGAACAGGAGUUUACGUGAUGCGCUUCACAACCGAACUUGGAUCCGAGACAUCAACAUAAAUCACAGCAGUUUCUCGGUGCAACACUUCCGAGAAUACGUCCUUCUGUGGCAAGUCGUACAACAGGUAGCCCUACGCCCGGGUGUCCAAGAUGAAAUCACUUGGAAGUUUACUGCGGAUGGUAACUACUCCGCAAAAUCCGCUUACGCCGCACAGUUCAUUGGUUCGGCUUCCACCAACUUUGACAGCUUGAUAUGGAAAAUAUGGGCCCCUAGAAGCUGCAAAACCUUCUCCUGGCUCGCUAUCCAAAAUCGCCUUUGGACUGCUGACAGACUUCAGAAAAGGGGAUGGCCGAAUCCAGCUACCUGCCCACUAUGUCGGAGAUCACAAGAAUCGGCGCUACACCUUUUCGCCGAAUGCCGGGUUACAACAAGAAUCUGGGCCAUGGUGGCGGACUGGUUAUCGGCGCCAGCAAUCCACCCGAGGACUUGGCAACAGGCCGAUACGCUGCACCACUGGUGGUCGAUGAGAGCAGGAGCAAAUUCCUGCUCCAAGAGAGGCAUGCGAACUUUGAUUAUGCUAGUUACAUGGACAAUUUGGAGGGAAAGGAAUAUGAGAAUAUUUAACAGCAAGGAGUCUUCUGUCAAUAUGAUUUUUGAGAGGAUCAAAGAUGAGGCCACCGUGUGGAUUAUGGCGGGAGCGAAACAUCUCUCCGCUCUAAUGGUGCGAUGCUGAUUGCGACUGAGUUCAUAGUGUUGCUUUAUUUUCUUUUAUACUUCUGGCUCAAUUUUGCCUCAUGUCAUUUCAUUUUUGAUUCAUUGUACUUAUCCAGUCUG